CCGAGAUCUAAUUCCAGGGGUAUACUGUGGAGUCUGAUCGACAAAUUAUAAUGGUUGCCAAUAACACACUAUCACCUUUUGAAAUCCGAUCACGUCAAUCAUCCUUCUGUCCAAUAUCUCGACAGAUCUCGUAAGAUGACCAAUUCUCGCGCAUGUAGAGGUUUAUAAAACCUUAGCUUUAUUGAUGGCACUGCGGAGACAGAGAGUGUUUGGGUGCGCGGUACUUACACUUCAUUAGACUAUCGUUUAAUUUACUGACACAGCUUGUACAGUAUGCGUUUCUUCGCUAUGAGACCCACGCUUCUGUUGAUUUGGAUCGCCCGUCUUUCUCUUGUCCUAUCCCUUCCAUUUCCUUUCCACAAGAGAUCUCUAAAUAAAUCCGAUUUACUGAACAGACGAUCACGUAGAUCCGAUGGUGUAAUUGACUGCAUCUAUAUGGCGUCAGAAGAAGGGACAUUCACGUACAAGUCUGAUGGGUCCCUGAAUGUUUGUGGCGUCUACUUCAUCGCCCCACCAGAGAGCCUGGUAGAGCUCGAGUUCACCCACUUCAACAUAAACUGCCAAACUGGAUUAUCUGUGGUUGUAGAUGGCUGGGAAAUGAAUCAUCAAUAUUUCCCUUCCCCACAAGACCACCCCACCGCUUUAGAUGAGCGGUUACAUAACUUAUGUGGCCAGAGGCCUACAAAAUCGUACGUGUCCUCUCAGAACGUGGCGCUCAUUCAGCAUCUCAUAGGCAUGCCAGGCGAAGGCUUCACUGUCAGAGCACGAUUCCUGAAAAAUCCACAGCCUUGUAACAUAGUCAGCAUGUUUAAGAAAGGACUGUACACCGUGAAAAAUUAUGGUCUCCGGCGGAACUGUUCUGUGUCUAUCAUUUACCCGGAGCGGAUCCAGCUUUUGUCGGUGGAUGUAGGUGUGAGUGGAUACAACAAGAGAGAGGAGGCGGAAUAUGGUUUAAGAUCAAAGUGUCACAACUUUCACGGAACCGAUGAUCACGUGGAGGUAGCAGGAGGGAAUGGGUUUGAGGUGGGAGAUCUCAAUGUGCGAGCCCGGUACUGCGGCAUGGCGUCCAAUGUUGGAGAGUCUGAGGUGAUCAUUGGAUGUCAGCAUUCCGUGGUCAGACUAGUCUCCAGUGGACAGUACUUCAACUCCGUCACCUUUUUGUACUCAAAUUUAUCAGAAGACGAAAUAGGCAGAGAGGACCCUAACAAGUGCAUUGUGUAGCUAUGUCUACAAGUUAUAGUGCCAUUUGUGUUCAAGAUGAAGUCAGGACUCCAAUGCGCGCGUCGGACCGGAAGCUCAACGUUAUUAUACAAACUUCGAAUCUAACAUUCAUAUCAAUUGUGCCCGAUGUAUUUGUAAUAUUUCUACAACACAAAAUGGUGAAAUAAACUAUUAGAAAUGUUC